AUGCCAAAAGAUUAUCGACGCGCUUACAAUAUAAUUGAUUUAUUAGAUGAAAAAAAUGAUGACUGGAUUUCGAAAAGUAUUUAUUUAGCAAUUGAUAAUAAAGAUGUAUCAAAAACAAAAUUUGUUAUCAAAGUUAUUGAUCUUGAUAAAAUGACAAAUUUUACCAAAUAUAUUAAAGAAAUAUCCUGGUAUGGACAAUUAUCACACAUAAAUUUAAUGUCAAUGAGAGAAUGUUUUAUAAUUGAUUCAAAAUUAUAUUUUAUUAAAACUUAUGCACAAUUUGGUUCAUGUCGUGAUAUUUUACAUUCAAAUCCAUUUGGUAUUAGAGAAAAUCUAAUUGCAAUAAUUAUGUGGCAAGUUGUACAAGCACUUCGUUAUUUGAAAGAUAAACAUAUUAUGCAUCGUUCUGUGGCAACAAAAAAUAUCUAUAUCUGUGAUGAUGGUCGCGUAGUGUUGGAUCAUUUUUGUCACUGUAUUUCAAUGAUGUCUGAUGGUAAAUUACGUCGUCAAAUUUAUGAUUAUGAUGAUAAUUUAAAAGAGGAAAUAUUAUAUUUGGCACCAGAAAUUAUAUUCCAGAAUACUGAUGGUUAUAAUGUGAAGAGUGAUGUUUAUAGUUUGGGUGUUACAGCAUGUGAAUUGGCCAAUGGUACGCAUAGUUAUGCAAAUUUAGAUUAUACCCAUAUACUAUUAAUUAAAGCUCAAGGUGUUCAACCCUAUUUAUUAGACCAAACACAAGUUUCUACUGAGAUGCUUGAACAAUCAGAUACACAAACUGAGCCAUUUUUAAAUGAAAUAAAAAAACGACGGUAUUCAAAAGAUUUUCAUUCAUUUGUGGCAUGUUGCGUGGCCACUUGUGUGAAUUAUAGGUAUGUUAUCAGUAUACUGUUGAUAUAUAUAUAAGAUGCACGGGAAGCAGACUUCAAGUGAAAUUAUUAUUUUAUUAUUAAUAUUAUUUUAUUUUUCGACGUUUUACACACCAUUCGAUAGAGAAUUGUGCGCUGAUCAUGAACGUGCGCGCUUCGCUUUUUCUGGAGACUUUUUACCGGUCCAAAAAUUAAAAAAACUCGGAAGUUGUCACAACCCCCAAAACUACAAGGUUUCAAAAAAAAUAACCGUAACUUUUUCGGAAACAAAGUUUUUCGUGUCCGAAACCGACACGGUUCAAAAACGCCACAUAAACUUUGUAGACCUAACACAGGGUUUUGUAGAGGUCAUAGAGCCAAUAUUUUUACAUGGCUAGAUCUGCUAGAUGCUGAACUUCAAACAACAAAGAGUUUUUUUUAAAUUUGGUUUCCUCGCUGAGAAAAUUCAUUUUUUCUAAAUCAGAGGUGAAAAAGUCGGAAUUCUCAAUAUUCUUCAACAGAACUCAAUUUCUAUGGAAUAAAAAUAUCAUAUUUGGAAUCUGGAUCAAAAAACGAAUCGACUGAUGUGUAUUUCGAAGUUUCUAGUUCAUUUUUAUUUUUUGGUGACAAUUCGAAUAAACUUAGUCUGACAGGAUAGAGAUACAUAUCACUCGAUG